GAAACCCUUGCCCUACCCGCUCCUCCGAAUUCUGAUAAUCUUCUGAGCUGCCCCCCAUGAGAGGCCUUUUCUCCACCAGCAAGCUGUUUGGCAGCGCAAAGGCAUUGUUGGGAAGAAGCAAUCAAAGCGCACGAUGGGGUCGUGCAUACAGCUUGAUCCCAAUGGUGAUCGAACACUCUUCCAGAGGAGAGAGAGCAUACGACAUCUUCUCGCGUCUUCUCAAAGAGCGGAUUGUCUGCAUUAACGGACCCAUUUCCGACGACACCGCCCACGUCGUCGUUGCUCAGCUUCUAUUCCUUGAGUCUGAAAACCCCUCCAAGCCCAUCCACAUGUACCUCAAUUCACCCGGCGGCGCUGUCACUGCAGGCCUUGCCAUAUAUGAUACUAUGCAGUACAUUCGGUCUCCCAUCAACACAAUUUGCUUGGGCCAAGCGGCAUCUAUGGCUUCUCUCCUAUUAGCUGCAGGUGCCAAGGGUGAGAGGCGAUCUCUUCCAAAUGCGACAAUCAUGAUUCAUCAACCUUCAGGUGGCUAUACUGGGCAGGCAAAGGAUAUUACUAUCCAUACAAAACAAAUUGUUCGGGUUUGGGAUUCAUUGAAUGCUUUGUACUCAAAACAUACAGGACAAUCAUUAGAGAUUGUUCAAAAAAAUAUGGAUAGAGAUAAUUUCAUGACUCCAGAGGAGGCAAAGGAGUUUGGGCUUAUUGAUGAGGUUAUUGAUCAAAGACCAAUGGCUUUGGUGACUGAUGCUGUUGGUAAUGAGAGCAAAGAUAAAAGUUCGAAUUAGAACUGGUAGGGUAAAAUUUCUCUGAAUAAUCAUUUUGUUUUUAAAUGCCUCUUUGCCGCCUAAGUUAUACAUGGCUGUUGAUAGAACAUUAUCAUUAUCAAUUUGAUAUAAUCUUUGCCGGUAUGUAAUUUAAUUUAUCUAGUUUUCUUUCAGCCCUUUCUGAUUUAACUUGUCAUGUUUAAUAUCUAUAGAUUGGACACCUUGCCUCAUAUGAAUGAUUAUUUUCUUCUUGUGUUCUUCAUCUAA